GGGAGUGUACGUUUCUAAAAAAAAUAUAUUAAAUUAAGGAAGAGAGUUUUUUUAACUUUUUGUUUCGUUUCUGUUCAGGUACAUAUUUUUAUACAUUUUUAAACUGCUCUUUACUUCUUGCAGCCAUUUAUUAUUAUUUUAUCGCUUUUCAAAGUGACCACAUUGCAAAAAAUUGAAAAAAACAAUUACCUUCUUAAAAAUGUCUAAAAGAGCCUUUACAGCUCAUGAAGUAAUCAGCAUGAUUGAGGAUGAGGACCUUGAUUUUAUUUCUGCUGAUGUAUUCAUUAUGCCUCCCGACGAUGGCCAAAAUUCAGACGAAGACAGUGGAGAUGAGGAUGGUGGCCAGCCAGAUAACUUGUGCCCUUCUCAACUGAAUAGUCAGGCAGAGUUUAUCUUGCAUGGUUUACAAAGUACGACAUCUGAAGAUGGAGCUGCAGAUAACAUCAUUGGUAAUGAUGAACCAAGUAUGCCUCAAACUUCUGCAAGUAGAAAAAGGAAAAUCGAAAGAAAGAAGAGGCUAUGGAUUAAAUCGCAGGUGGACGGAAUUGAACAAAUGCCGUGGUGUGAUGGCGUUAGAGCCAACGAAGAACAUGAGGUGGAUUAUCUCACACCCGUGCAUUUUUUUGAACAGUUCUUUGACUCAGAAAUGUUAGAUUUCAUAGUUUUGAAUACUGAAAAGUAUGCCAGAGAGAUUAAAGGAAAACACCAGUUUUCAACGAGUGCCUCCGAAAUUAAAGCCUGUAUAGCUACUCUUUUGUUGUCAGGCUAUUCUAUUUUUCCCAGACGAGAGAUGUACUGGGAACGCAGUGAGGAUUGUGGUAUUAAGGCAGUUUAUAAUGCCAUGAGCCGAAACAGAUUCAAUGAACUCUUGAGAUACAUUCAUCUUUCAGACAACAACAAUCUGGAUUCAACAGACAAGCUAAGCAAAGUGAGGCAAUAUUUAAAUCUUAUAAAUGAAAGGUGCUUAAGAAAUUUCUCAUCAGUUCAAAAUCUAAGCAUCGAUGAGACCAUGGUACCAUAUUUCGGCAGACAUUCUGCCAAGCAAUUUAUAAAAAAUAAACCUGUAAGGUUUGGCUACAAAGUAUGGAGUUUAGCCACCCCAUCAGGCUAUGUCGCUCAGUUUGAUCCUUAUGUUGGUGCCUCAGCAACAAUCGAUAGACAUGAACUUGGGCUAGGCCCUGGCGUUGUGCUGAAUCUUAUAGCCUGCCUUCCUCCAAAACCCUACAGACUAUAUUUUGAUAAUUACUUCACAACUCUAGCACUGAUGGACAGAUUAUCAGAAAAGGGAAUUGGAGCUACAGGCACUAUCAGAGCCAACAGGCUUGAACAAUGUCCACUGUUGCCUGGGACUGAAAUGAAGAAAAAAGAAAGAGGAUUUUAUGACUACAGAUCUGAUAAACAUAGCAAUUUAAUUAUUUUACAGUGGAAUGACAACAGUGUGGUUUCUAUUGCUUCCAACUUUGCUGGUGACAUGCCAUUGAAAGCAGUUCAGCGAUGGUCAAAAAAGGAAAAAAAAUUUAUUCAGGUUACACAGCCAAACAUCAUUUCACUUUACAACCAAAAUAUGGGAGGAGUUGAUAGAGCUGACCAAAAUGUAGCCAAAUACAGGAUCUCUAUCAGAACCAAAAAGUGGUGGUGGCCCUUUUUUGCCUGGCCAAUCGAUUUAUGUGUACAAAAUGCUUGGCUACUUUAUCGUCAGUCUGAGUUGUUCACAUCACAGCCUCUGGACUUGUUGGCUUUCAGAAGACAUGUUGUGAACUCUUGGUUUCUGCAGUGGGACACCCAAAAAAGUAGAAGCACCACUCCUUCAAAGUCUACAAUUUGCAAAAGAGUGCCAUUGGAAAUGAGGUUGUGGGAAGCCAAACAUAUGAGAAUUGACCUCAGCACAACCAGACGAUGUGCGAUUUGCAAAAAGACAUGCAAUAAAGGAUGCUCAGUGUGCCCUGUUGGGCUACAUUUUAAAUGUUUUAAUCUUUUUCAUGGCCAUACAAUGUAAAUAAUUCUGGUUUUGGUUUCAUUGUUUUCUUUGUACAAAAAUGUACUUUCUAAAAAAAAAAAAAAAAAUGUUUUUUCUACUGAAUCUUCAUAUAAUUUUUGUUAAUAAAAAUUAAAAUUUAACUUUAAAUGAACAUAUUUUUUUAUUAAUUUUUGUUUUUAAAUGUUACAAAUAAUUUACUUUAAAUAUAAAUAGCAAAAAAAAAAAAAAAAAAAAAAGUUAUAUAA